CUGCGGCCGGCGGGAGGGGCGGGGCCGGGUCAGCCGGGGCGGCCGCGGGACAUGACUGCCGGUCCGCAGGCGGGGGGCGCGGGCGCCGAGGCCCCGUCGGCAGAGCUGCCCUCCGGGCUGGCCAGGCUGCUGUCGGCGCUCUUCUACGGGACCUGCUCCUUCCUCCUCGUGCUGGUCAACAAGGCGCUGCUGACCACCUACGGGCUCCGCGCCAAAGCCUCAUUUCUGCACAAGCGCCUGGGCUUCCCUGCCCUCGAGGUCCCAGAGAGUUGCUCCCGGGAGCCACGUGACUCCCUUCCCGCCCUCCUGGGCUGGCGCGUCUGCGCAGCCUCAGUCCGCAUUGCGCGUCGAACAGACCUGAGGAAGGACUCCUGCCUGCUUUCUCCUCCGCUCUCCGCGUCGUGGGGAGAAGCUGUGAGCUGCGAAAGGCUCGACCUGGUCCGCGCUGCCGACGGCGCGAGCGGAUGUGGGAAGUAUGGUCCAGCUCAACAAGUGGCCUUGCCUGUUGUGGUCACCACGAUGGCAGCUACCAUAAUGAUACUGUAUGUGUCCAAGUUAAAUAAGAUAAUUAAUUUCCCUGAUUUUGACAAGAAAAUUCCCAUAAAGCUGUUUCCUCUGCCUCUCCUCUAUGUUGGAAACCACAUAAGUGGAUUAUCAAGCACAAGUAAAUUAAGCUUGCCGAUGUUCACUGUGCUCAGGAAAUUUACCAUUCCACUUACUUUACUCCUGGAAACCAUCAUACUCGGGAAGCAGUUUUCCUCGGACAUCAUCGUCAGUGUCCUCACCAUCAUCCUGGGGGCUUUCAUAGCAGCUGGUUCUGACCUUGCCUUUAACUUGGAAGGCUAUGUUUUUGUGUUCCUGAAUAAUAUCUUCACAGCAGCGAAUGGAGUUUAUACUAAACAGAAAAUGGACCCAAAGGAGUUAGGGAAAUAUGGAGUGCUUUUCUACAACGCCUGCUUCAUGAUUAUCCCAACUCUCAUCAUCAGCGUCUCCACCGGAGACCUUCAGCAGGCUACUGAAUUCAGCCAAUGGAAGAAUGUUCUGUUUAUCAUACAGUUUCUUCUUUCCUGUUUUUUGGGGUUUCUGCUGAUGUUCUCUGCAGCGUUGUGCAGUUGCUACAACUCAGCCCUGACGACCGCGGUGGUGGGAGCCAUCAAGAAUGUAUCUGUUGCCUACAUUGGGAUGUUAGCUGGUGGAGAUUAUGUUUUCUCUAUGUUAAACUUUGUUGGGUUAAAUAUUUGCAUGGCAGGGGGCUUGAGGUACUCCUUUCUAACGCUGAGCAGCCAGUUGAAGUCUAAGCAACCUGUGGAUGAAGAAAACAUCCCUCCAGACUUGAAGAGUUAGAAUCUGGGGCCAAAUAGCAGACUGACCUGCAGAUGGGUGUCUGGGGGCCAUUCCCAGAUGUGGAAUGUGAAGCCAGAUGUUUUGGUGUGACAUUCACCCCCCACCUCCCCGUUUAAGGAACAGACAGGAAUGCCUGCAAAUUGCUGAGUCUCCGCCUCAUAUGCCACUCUGCAAACAGCCUUCCUUGGCGCUGAGAAAUGCAUCUGCAGAGCCUUACCAGAUGAAAGUGAACUUCUUCAGAAUAAACCUUUGGUUAAGUGAUUGUCUCCAAGGGUCUUGCAUGGGUAGAGCGCUGACCUUCUGUUCACCCUUCAACAUGUCUGUGCUGUUGUUUGUGAGGAUCCUGUGUGCUUAAGAGGAGGGAAAAGGUUGGUGCUGUGAGGGUUAUUAUUUUCUUAUCAGCACCUUGGCCUUAGUGCCAGGUUCCAGCCAAAGCAAAGUGCCAGUGAGAACAAUUUUUCCAGUUUAAACAGACAUAUCUUUAUUUUAAUGAAAUUAGUCAAUUAACUGAAAAUAAAGUUGUUAGUUUUGAUUUGAUCUUAUGUGUUGGUAUCUUUUCCCAAUCAUCAAAAUAAAAUUAAUUUAUAUGCAUGCCUCA